GCGUGAACGUCGCUGCGGGCGGCGUCGAUGGUGCACGGCGUGGUGUGUACGAGUGUAUUUUUGGCGGGCACAUCUGGCGGAACGCGCGCCCGAGCCCUUGACAGGGGCGUCUUCCGCCUUGCGGACGCAGUCGCCGCUGGCUGACCGUCGCGCGGCAAUGCUCGUCCGGUCGCUCGAGCCUGCGGGGGCUUAGCGCCUGCUCGAGCCGAGAUCAGCAUGGAGAGCCGCGCUGCACGACGAGGUAAAGGGCCGAAGGGAGCGGCCUGCGACUCACGAGAGAGUACCUCGCCUCGUCUCGCUCUCGGAGGUGACGGAAUCCCUCGCGGCAAGCUCGCGCGCGGAGGGUUCCGGCUCGUCAGGGUCGCGACUCAGCGCCUCCGAGAACACACCGCGACGAGAUACUCCCGUGUAAGCCCGGAUGCGGCUCAGCGAGAGCUGAGCGACGGAGCUGAAGCGCCAUUGAGGAACGCUACGGGGAGAUCGAAUGCUUCAGGACCCGCGGAUGCCGGGCUUAGCGAGGCCUGCGUCAAGCGCCAAAGCCUGUGCGCCUGCAAGGGCAGCUCGCGCUGCUGGCAUGAGAGGGUGAGGAUCGUGGCGACGAUACUGAUCUGCGUGUUCGUGAGCGCGAUCAUCAUCUACUGGUUCGUCAGCUCGAUCAUGGAGAAUCGGCGGGACGGCAGGCACAGGGGCUCGUCCGCUGGCGGAUCUCGCAACACGGCUCACCUCGAGAGGCUGCCCGAUCAUGUUUUACCGUUGGAGUACACUCUGAGGAUACUGCCCGUCCUGGAGGAGGGGAAUUUCACGACGAUCGGCGAUGUGGAGAUUCAAUUCUACUCCAAGAUCCCGACCAAGCACGUACGUUUGCACGCGUGCGGCCUUCGCGUGCGUGACCUCAGCGUGACCGAGUACCGCGAUCGGCCAUUGAACGCGUCCAGGUUCAUCAACAGGUACGUCCAAGAGGCCGGGGAGGACUUUAUUGACGUGUUUCUGCUGCAAACGCUGAUGGCCGGCGAGAUUUACGUCUUGCGCGUCAAGUAUACGGCGCCGCUACAGCAGAAGUCCAAAGGACUCUUCAGGAGCUCGCACGUCGAUCGCGGCACCAACGAAACCAGGUGGAUCGCGGUGUCGAACUUGUCGCCGGAUUACGCUCGGCGGGCCUUCCCGUGCUUCGACGAGCCGUGGCUCAAGACGCCGUUCCGCAUCUCGAUCGGCAGAAGGUCGGACAUGCGCUCGCACUCCAACUCGAUGCGCAAAGUCACUGAGGACAUACGCGGCUUGCCGGGAUACGUGUGGGAUCAUUACGAGAAGACCCUGCCGAUGCCCACUUACGUGGUCGCCUUCAUGGUGAGCGACUUUGUCGGCUACCGCGUCAACGUCACCGACCGACCGUCGCACACAAUCUUCUCUAGGAGAGAAGUCGUCAACGACACGAGAUACAUGAGCGAGCUGGUGCCGAAGGUGCUCCGACUGAUCCAGAACUUCACCGGGUUCUACUACGAGCUGGACAAGCUCGACGUGAUCGUGGUGCCCAAGCUGAUGUACUCCGCGAUGGAGAACUGGGGCCUCAUAACCAUCUGGGAGGACAUAGCCGUCAUGAAGGCAGCCGGCGGUGGUAUAAUAGCCAAGAAAGUGCUCGCUAGCAUCGCGGCGCACGAAAUCGCCCAUCAGUGGUUCGGUAACCUGGUGACGCCGAGGUGGUGGGACGACGUGUGGCUGAAAGAGGGCUUCUCCUCGUUUUUCGGAUUCCUAGCAUUGAGCGUGCUGGAGCCCGAGUCCUGGGACCGGCAGGCCAGCUUCCUCGCCGAAUGCCACGACGUAUUUCACGAGGACGCGAGCGAGGCGGCGCACCCGCUGCACAUCGACCCCCAGGAGCUGAGCGGCCUCAUCGGCGUGUUCGACCUGACGUCGUACGCCAAGGGUAAUUGCAUGGCGCACAUGAUCUAUCAUUUUCUGGGCGAGCGGGUCUACCUGGCGUCUGUGCGCCGCUACAUGCGCACGUACUACUAUCGCAGCGCCGAUCAGGAGGAUCUCUGGAGCGCCUUCCAGCUGGAGAUCGACUACGAGGCGGCGGCGGCCGACGGGCUACCGGCUUCCUCCGGGCUGCGCAUGAAGGACGUUAUGCGAACUUGGACGUAUCAGGCCGGCUUCCCUGUCCUGCGCGUCCGGCAGAAUCGCGAAACCGGUGCGCUCGAGCUUACGCAGGGGCGAUUUUAUCAUUACGGCCUAAAUAGUACGAGCCAAGAGUUAUGGCACAUCCCGUUGACGUGGACAACCGAAAAUGAACAGCAAUUUGGUAAUACCUUGCCGAAGGCAUGGAUGGACAAGAAACGCAUGAAAAUUAACGACACCGCCCUGAGCCGGGCGAGCCUCGGCGACCAGUGGAUUCUGUUCAAUAUCAAUCAAACGGCUCUCUACCGCGUCAACUAUGACGUGGAGAACUGGAAGCUGCUGCUGAGGUCCUUCCGAGCUCUGCCGGAAGUAGCGAAGGUGCAAUUGCUGGCGGACUCGUUCGCGCUGGCCAAUGCCGGGCUGCUCGACAUGAGAAUCACGUGGAGCAUCCUCGAGAAGCUGCGAACGGAGACCGGAGAGAUGCUGUGGAUGCACGCGAUUCUCACACUAACUACCGUCAAGGACUAUUUUUGGGACUCGAACGUAUUCGAGUUUGCGAUGUGCAAGGUCGCCGAUAAGGUGUACGCUGAGAUGGCGCGCUCGCUGGCCCGUACGGAUCCGGCGUCGUGGACAGAAUUCAAGGUGAACGUAAUGAAAUGGGCAUGCUCGUUGGGCCAUCGGGCGUGCUUGACGGCGGCCCGCGACUACGGCCGAAAAAUGCUGCGAAACGAGUCGUCGAGCUCGUCCGUUCCGGAGGAGUUUCGCACCUGGACGUACUGCGCGUUCGCGAGAGAGGCCACGGGGGAACAAUGGCUGGCGCUUCUCGCGAGGUACAACGGAUCGACGGCGCACGAUAAGGAGAGCCUCGCCUUCGCGCUGGGAUGUCAUGUCAACGCGGGUCUGCUGCGAAGAUACCUGUCCACCGUGUUCUCGCAGACGAACGUAACGUGUUCGCACGCAGAGGCGGCUCUCAUGUCCGUCGUGAUCAAUCCGCACGGCUAUCGCGUCGCCGCGGACUUUCUGACCGAGCACUGGGAUGAGUUUAGCGUCGAGGAGGCGGAGGGCAGCAGCACUUACGCGAACGUCCCCCUGACCGCUACAUUGCGCGCCUUCGUGGGACGCAUUCGUCGGCAGGAGGACGUGGAAUGGCUACGGCAACUGCGAGGCAGGCACGACAAAUAUGACACCGUGAUCGGGCAGGUUAUUAAUAGAGUCCAGGCCAAUGUCGCGUGGUACGAGAAGUACAAAAACGAAACUCUGCGACUGCUGGAGGAGAUUUCCGCGGGAUACGCCGAGACGAGGGACUGCAGGAGAAGAGAUUAACGGAGACGCCGCGCGCCGAAGGCCCAUGCGAAUCUCGAGGCCACACGCGAGACCGACGAGAUAAUCGUAAUAAUCGCGAGACGAUUACGCGCGGGCUCGCGCGGCCUUUAAUGACACGACGCUACAAUUUCUCUCGAGGCGCAAAGGACCAAGCGCCCGGUCAAUCUCCGAGUUAAUCACGCUGUCAUGAUCGUCACACACUGUCGAUGAGGACGUCGCGUGUUUAUAGCACUGUUGAUAAUAGAGAAUAUUUUUCUAGA